CUGUUCAUGAGUGGCUGGAUACGACGUUGCCGGAAUUCCUCCUUUCUUGUCUGGGUAUCCUGUCGUUCCUCGUCUAGCGUUUCCGCUUGGUCUUCUCCGCGUUGGAACGGUGACAAGAUGACGGACUCACGUCCCCGCAAAAGCCAGCGCAUGUCGGUUUCCCCGGCGGUCCCCGAUGCGCCUGCGAUCGAUGUCCCGCCGUGGUUGAUCGCUUCCACCGGAGACCUGCACCGGAAACGACCCGCGGCUUUCGAUCAAGGUAAUGUGGAUGACGACAGCGUUGACAACGAAUCGCUCGACGUCCGUCGCGUUAUUCUCUUUGCCGAACCAGAGGAAGGAGCGGCUUCGUCCAAAGCCGGAUCCAAGCAUGGCAAAGCCAUUGAAGUCCGAUCCCCCUUCCAGAAAUCUGCUGCGGAAAAACGAGCUAUCGCAGAGAAGCAGCAGUGCGCCAAAAUAAAGGCCAAAUGGGGCGUCACCCUUGAGUUGGCGAUCGCGGAUUCGCUAGGACAUCUGUCGUCACCGACAAAGAUACACAGCCCCAGUAUUCGUCCGUCCAAUGCUCCGGCAGUAGUCUCGUCUACGGGUUCAUCCACGCCCCGUCACUUUUCCGUAGCCACCUACAAUAUUUGGUUCGGUCUGGAUCGAGACAAUGGACACCCCCAUGGGGCUGCGCGGAUGCAAGCCAUGGUCGACGAACUACUGCGCUGCGAAUCGCCCGACAACCCCCUCUGGUUCAUUGGUCUGCAAGAAGUCACACCAGGAUUGGCCCGUACACUCUUUCCCGCACUCGAACGAGUCGGCUACGUCGUCAUUCAUCAAGAAGACGCGCCCUACGGCGUAGCCCUGGCGGUCAAACAACAAGACGCCGCCGACGGGAGCCCCUGUCCAGUAGUACUCGACUUCGGCUGGAAAGACUUCUCCCGAACAGUGAUGCAACGUGGAUUCUUGUUCGUGCGGGUACGUUUGCCGGGAUCCGAGAAUUCGACCACCGCAGCACAAUGCAUCGUCACGACAACGCAUCUGGAAAGCUACAUGCCAGCCACUGAACGCGACCCAGUCUACACGGGAUCGGAACAACGGCAUCUACAGUUGGAGCAAAUGCAAGAAUUCUGUCACAAAGAAAUGGCAAGACACCGUGCGGUCCAAACCGUUAUUUUGACGGGAGACAUGAAUUGGGACGACGAGCGUAAAACCCCCUUCGACAAGCCAUUGUUGGGAUACCUGCCAAGCACACAGAAUUGGAAGGAUGCCUGGUUGACCUCUCAGCUCGCCAAAGACAAGGGUUAUACUUACGAUGGUAAGCUGAACCCAAUGCUGGGAAGUAAUUUGCGGCGUCGCUUCGAUCGUUGUCUGGUGCACACCAACGCGGUGGAGGAUGCGGCAACGGAAAUAAUCUCAACCCUCAUGAUUGGCAAAUUGGCGAUUCCGAACUUGACGUGGCAAAAGUACAACUCGUGGAAGCAGACGUACAAGGAGACGCCCACCGCACCCAGCGACCACUUUGGACUCGUUACACAGUUGCGCUACCACGCUUGAUGCCUACGUCAGUUGUACUAUCUUUAUACUUUACCUUCUUCGAGAAGACUACAUUUUGAGAGGGCAGUCCGUUUGCCAAUACAUACCUAAUAUACUU